AUGUCUUCAAAAUUCCCUGAGGUUCAAGGAGGAGGAUCUCUCAUUGUUGCCUGGCAGAUCAGGAACAAACAUGUCCUUGUCGUCGGAGGUGGUGAGGUAGCAUCAGGUCGUAUCCUCCAUGCCCUCAACGCCGAUGCCAAAGUGACCGUUGUCUGCCCCAAGUCCGGCCUAAACGAGGAGGUCGCCUACCGCGUCGCCCAAAACCAAGUGUCCCAUGUCGACCGAAACUUCGAGCCCCACGACCUUGACAAUGCCGACAUGGUCCUCUGCGCAAUCGACGACCCCGAAGCCUCAACUCAAGUGUGGAAGCUGUGCAAAGAGCGUCGUAUACCCGCAAACAUUGCCGAUGUACCGCCCGAAUGCGAUUUCUACUUCGGUAGCAUGCAUCGUGAUGGACCGCUCCAGAUUAUGGUUAGUACUAAUGGCAAUGGACCGAAAUUGGCGAAUAUAGUCAGGCAGAAGAUUGCUAGUACGCUGCCACAAAACACUGGAGCUGCUAUUGAGAAUGUGGGCUUGUUACGCAAGAAGUUGCGGGAGAUUGCUCCUGAUACUCAGGAAGGGCCCAAGAGAAUGAAAUGGAUGUCGAAUGUUUGCGUAUCGUGGUCAUUAGAAGAUCUCGUAGCCAUGACUGACAAGGAUAUGGAUCGUCUUUUGAAACAUUAUCAGACUGGAGAGGUACCUAGUCUUGAUGAUAUACGCGGGGCAUCAUCAUGA